AUGCCGGACGAGCUGACUGAGCCCGGGCGCGCCACGCCGGCCCGCGCCUCCUCCUUCCUCAUCGAGAACCUGCUGGCUGCCGAGGCCAAGGGCGCCGGGCGCGCGGCCCGGGGCGGCGGCGGCCGCGAGGACGAGGAGGGCGACGACGACGACCCGGAGGACGAAGACGCCGAGCAGGCGCGGCGGCGGCGGCGGCUGCAGAGGCGGAGACAGCUGCGCGCCGGGCCAGGCGGGGAGGCGCGGGCUCCGGCGCUGCUCAGCCCGGGGGCGUUGGGCCUCGGGCCCCGGCCGCCGCCGGGCCCGGGGCCGCCCUUUGCCCUUGGGGGCGGCGGCGCGCAGCGCUGGUUCCCGCGGGCGAACAGCGGCUAUGGAGGCGGCCUCAGCCCUGACACCAGCGACCGAGACUCACCGGAGACAGGCGAAGAGAUGGGCCGCGUGGAGGGCGCCUGGCAGCGGGGCCCCGGACCGGGAGCGGUGCAGCGGGAGGUGGCGGAGCUGGUGGCGCGAGGGCCGGCGAACGGCACGGAGGAGGCUGCGGCAGAGCUGGCCGAGGCUCCGGCCGCGGAAGCGCGCGGCGUUGGCGGCGGAGGCGGCCGCAAGAAGAAGACGCGCACGGUGUUCUCACGCAGCCAGGUCUUCCAGCUCGAGUCCACCUUCGACCUGAAGCGCUACCUGAGCAGCGCUGAGCGCGCGGGCUUGGCCGCCUCGCUGCAGCUCACCGAGACGCAGGUGAAGAUUUGGUUCCAGAACCGUCGCAACAAGUGGAAGCGGCAGCUGGCGGCCGAGCUGGAGGCGGCCAGCCUGUCCCCGCCGGGCGCACAGCGCUUGGUCCGCGUGCCUGUGCUCUACCACGAGCGCCCUCCGCCCGCGGCUGCCGGGCCGCCGGCCGCGCUGCCUUUCCCGCUAGCGCCUGCUGCGCCCGCGCCGCCCCCGCCGCUGCUGGGUUUCUCCGGGGCUCUCGCUUACCCGCUGGCCGCCUUCCCGGCCGCAGCCUCCGUGCCCUUCCUGCGGGCGCAGAUGCCCGGCCUGGUGUGA